UCUUAUCUUUCCCUCCAUUCUUAUGACUUGAGUUCCCUCCAUUAGCUUCUUCCACACAACUCCCAUUUCCCGCCUUAACCCAAAUCUCACCAUUCACUCCUUUUCAAAUCAACCGUCCAUAUUUCACCUCUAUAUCUUUUUACCUUCUUUCUCUCCAACUUCAACAAUUUUUACCUUAUUACUCCAGUUACAAACUUCUCUUUCUCUCUCCAAAAAUCCCCAAUUUUUUUCCAUCAUAAAAACCCUAAUCUUCUCCAAUUGGGUUUCCGAUUUUCCCAUUUUCGCCACAUUGUUACUGUAAACGUCGAUUGACGGCGACUCUUGACCGGAAAAUUCAAAAUUUUCACCGGCAUUCACUUUUCCGACUGUUUUCGCCGUAUUCGGUGUACCGGAUCAUCGGAAUUUCUCCUUUUCCGGUGGAUUUUGCUAUUUUUUAGUUGAAAAUUGAGCUUGAUUUUUGGGUUGAAUUUAUGUGGUAGAGUGAAAGAGUGAGGUAGAGUGGAAGAGUGAGGUAUAGUGAGAGAAAGUGAAUGAGCUUUUUAGAGAGAGAAAAAAAUGGAGGUUGUGUUGAUGUUGCUGGUAAAUUAGGGUUAGGAGAGAGAAUGGGGAUGUCUGAUAGUGCAGGAUGGAGCAAUGAUUUUGCUGGGCUUGAAAGUUGUGGUACCCCUGUGCCCAAGGAGGUUCGGGUUGGUGGUUCCCCGUUGUAUAAAGUUGAAGAGAAGCUGGGGAAGGGAGGAUUUGGUCAAGUUUAUAUUGGCCGCAGAGUCUCUGUCCCUCAUGCAAGCAUGAAGAAAGGUCCUGUGGCCAUGGAGGUAGCCUUGAAGUUCGAGCGUCAAAAUAGCAAAGGAUGUAGCAACGGUCCUCCAUAUGAGUGGCAGGUUUACAAUAAACUAGUUGGAUGCCACGGUGUGCCACGGGUACACUACAAGGGAUCUCAAGGAGACUUCUAUAUUAUGGUCAUGGAUAUGCUUGGACCUAGUCUGUGGGAUGCUUGGAACAAAAAUAGCCAGUCAAUGUCCACUGAGAUGGUUGCAUGCAUUGCAGCUGAAGCGAUUUCUAUCCUGAAAAGCAUACAUUCCAGAGGUUAUGUCCAUGGAGAUGUGAAGCCUGAGAACAUUCUGCUGGGUCCUCCUGGGACACCUGAUGAGAAGAAGUUAUUUCUUGCGGAUCUUGGAUUAGCAACAAAAUGGCAAGAUUUAAAGGGUCUGCAUGUGGGGUAUGACCAGAGACCAGAUGCGUUUAGGGGAACUGUUCGUUAUGCUAGUGUUCACGCUCAUUUGGGAAGAACUAGCAGUAGACGAGAUGAUCUAGAAUCUUUGGCUUACACUCUUGUUUUCCUCCUUCGUGGAUCUCUCCCGUGGCAAGGCUAUCAGGGAGAUAAUAAGGGUUUUCUUGUUUGUAAGAAGAAGAUGGCAACUUCUCCACAAGUGCUUUGUUCCUUGUGUCCUGAACCUUUCAAAGAAUUUCUUGAGCAUGUGGUGAAUUUGAAGUUUGAUGAGGACCCCGAUUAUUCAAAAUAUAUUUCCUUGUUUGAUGAGAUUGUUGGUCCUAAUCCGGAUGUGAGGCCAAUAAAUAUAGAUGGUGCACAGAAGGUUGGUAACAAAAGAAGUCGGCCUGCAAUAGAGGAUGAUGAGGACGAGGAUGUGGUUGAGGGUGAAGAUGGACAGGCGAAAAAGAGAGUUCGGUUGGGGAAGCCUGCAGUGCAAUGGAUCAGUAUUUAUGAUGCUCGACGCCCAAUGAAACAAAGGUAUCACUAUAAUGUUACAGAUGUGAGGCUUGACGCACAUAUUGCGAAAGGAUAUGCUGAUGGUAUGUACAUCACUAGUUUGGCAUCUAGUGACGACUUGUGGUCACUUAUUAUGGAUGCUGGUUCUCAUUUUAGUGCUCAAGUUUAUAAACUCUCUCCGCAAUUCUUCAACAAGGAUUGGAUAAUGGAGAUGUGGGAUCAAAGCUACUACAUUACUGCAGCUGCAGGAACAAGGAAUGGGCUAUCAUUGAUUGUCAUGUCAAGAGGAACCUCAUAUUCGCAGCAAUCUUAUAAAGUUAGCGAGUCAUUUCCAUACAAGUGGAUAACCAAGAAGUGGAAGGAGGGCUUUUAUAUUACCUCCAUGUCAACAGGUGGAACUAGAUGGGGAAUUGUGAUGUCUCGUGGUGCUUCUCGUUAUUCCCUCUUUUCAAGCCAGGUUGUCGAAUUAGAUUUUCUCUAUCCUAGUGAAGGUAUUCACAGGAGAUGGGAAAAUGGUUACCGUAUCACGUCUGCAGCUGCAACUACUGACCAAGCCGCUUUUGUUCUUAGUAUGUCUAGACGAAAAAGUACGGGUCAAAGUCAAGAGACUCUUCGGACCAGCACCUUCCCCGCCACACAUGUUAAGGAAAAGUGGAAAAAAAACUUGUACCUCUCUUCCAUAUGUUACGGAAGAACGGUCUCGUGAGCUGCAACGUCAAGGAUCUGUACUAGAAUGAUGUCUAUUUGGCCAUGGCCCUUGCUAACUAAUCUCUUACUGAAGAAAUUUUGACGAAGCCGAUUAUGAUCAAGUGUAGUUCAACAUUAUUCAAAUUCUUGUGAGCCCUUGUAUCGGGUUCUCGGUCGUAUGUAUAGUUUUCCGCCAUCUAAUAUCUGUAAGGCUACAGCAUAUUGCAUUCUGGUAUAGUGAUUGCCCUAUUAGAGGCCGUUGGCCGUCUCUUUUGUAAAAGGUAAUUGACUAUAUUAAGUAAAAUAUGAUGUUGCUAGCCA